AUGGCGCCGCUGGGGGCGCUGCUGCACAGCCGGACGUGCCGCGUGCUGGUGCCGCGAUGUACGUUGACGCAGGGGCGGGCGCGGGCGCUGGUGCGGCACGCGCAGCGGCCGCGGGUGGAGCAGCCGAGGGAGGUGGUGGUGCAGGAGCAGGAGCCUCUCUCGAGCACAAACCAGCACAGCGGGAUUCCGACGCCGGGGCCCGGUCCCAGGCGCCGCACCGAUGCCCCAGCCAACGACAGCGAUAGCGACGCCGACGAGGCACCGGAAGCAGCGGGGUUCGAGGACGCACCGGGCGAGCCGGACACGGCAGAGCUGAACGACGACGCCGCAAGCGCCAUGGCCCAGGCCGUGCAGGAGUUCCGGGAAGAGCACCGCGAGAAGAAGACCGCGGCACGCGACGCGCUGGACGUGCUCCACCGGCUCGAGGCGUCGGUGGAGGCAGCCGUGUCGGAGGGCCCUGGCAUGGGCGAGGAGUCCCUCCCGUCCGCGCAGGCCGCCGCGACGGCCCUCGCGGACCUGUGCUGCGCGAGCGUGCCCGCGUGGGCGCCGCGGGACGUCGCGGAGGCGGUGUGCGCGAUGGGGCGCCUGGGCGCCUUCCACGGCGGCUUGCUGCGGGCCGCCGAGGACAUCUUCGCCGGCGCGUUCGAUGACGUGCCGCUCGAGACGCACGUGGACGUCGCGCACGCCAUGGCGCAGCUCGGGUUCCACCCGCGCAGGCUGCUGCCGCUCGUGACGGCCCGCUGGGCGGAUGAUGGCCUGCCCCCCGCGGCGUUCCAGCGGCUCCUCUGGACCGGCGCCAAGCUCUCCGGGUCGCUCGGCAACGGCGCCCUCGCCGCGGCGCGCGAACACGUCCUCCCCGCGGCCCGCGAGCUCCACGGGCGCGAGCUCGCUGGCUUGGUGUGGGCCGCGAGUCGGCUCUACGCGCAGGACGCGGAGCUGAUGGGCGGCAUGACCACGCUGAUCCGCAAGCGCCUCGCCACCCUCGCGCCCGCGGAGCUCGCGGACGUCGCGCAGGCGUACGGGCGCCUCGGGAGCGGCGCCGCGCUGGGCGCCGCCACAGCCGAGCUCUUCGACAGCCUGGCGGGCGUGGUGCGCGAGCGGCUCCCGGAGUUCACGCUCCAGGACGUCCUCCGGACCCUGUACGGCUUCCUCGACCUCGGGCUCCAGCCGAAGGAGCUCCUCGAGGACAUCUCGUCGUGGGUGCAGCAGCGCAUGGCGGACAUCACCCCGCACGGCCUCUCCAUGACCAUGUGGGCGUACGCGCGGAUCGGGUACUGCCCGACGGCGCUCCUGAGCGUCUGCGCCGAGGUCGCGGAGCGCCUCAUGCCGUCCUUCACGCCCCUGCAGGUCUCCCGGCUGCUCUGGGCGCUCGCCACGCUGCGCUGUCGCCACGCCGGGAUCCUGCAGGCCGCCGCGCGGCAGGCGGUCGGAACGAUCGACCGCUUCGACGGCAAGGCCCUCGCGAACCUCCUCUGGGCGUUCGCGACGCUCGAGUUCCGCGAAGAGCUCGCGCUGCGCGCCGCGGCCAACCGGUGCGCCACCGUCGCGUGCAGCAUGACGCCGCAGGGCCUCGCGACGGUCCUGUGGGCGUUCGGGCGGCUCGAGUUCCCCGCGAGCGACGUGGUCCUCGAGGCCGUCGCGGAGGAGGCGGCGGGGAGGCUCGAAACGUUCGAGCCGCAGGGAAUCUCGAUGCUGCUCUGGGGGUACGCGAAGAUGGGCGGGCGGGGCGCGGGGCGCGUGCCGACGGCGGCGGCGCAGGUCGCGCGGGAGCGCGUGCGGGACUUCGACGCGCGGCACCUCGCCACGCUCAUGUGGGCGUACGCCAAGCUGGGGCAGUACCAGCCUGGGCGACUGCUGCGGGCCGUGGGCGACGACGCGUCGCGGCGGCUGUCGGAGUUCAAGGCGCAGGAGCUCUUCCUGCUGGUCUGGGCGUUCGCGAAGCUCAAAUACGUGGACGACACGCUGUUCGCCGCCGUCGCAGCCCAGGCGUCCCAGCGCCUCGAGCAGUUCGGCCCGAAGGAGGUCGUAUCCCUCAUCUACGCCUACGCGCGCGUCAACGUCCGCCCGCAGCCCACGCUGCUCCUGCGCGCCGCGGACCGCGCCGCGAGCGCCGCGCCGUCGAUGUCGCCGCACGAGCUCUCCAUCGCCGUCUGGGCCUGGGCGCGCUGCGGGUACUACUCGGCACCCCUCCUGGACGCCGUCUGCGACCAAAUCGAGGCGAAGAUCGGCAUCAUCGCGCCGCGCCAGCUCGCGAUGGUCGCGUGGGGGCUCGGCGUGCUGCGGCACCACCCCGGGAAGCGCGUGCUGCGCGCGAUCGACGCGCAGGCAGCGGCGCGGCGCAUCAACCUGAAGCCGUACGAGCUGACUCAGGUGCUCUGGGGCUUCGCUGCGCUGGGGGAGUCCGCGGAGGAGCUGCUCGCGGCGGUUGCGCGGGACCGGGAGGUGCUCGACGAGUUCCACGGGAGGGACGUGAGGCUUUCCCCGCCUAGCAUGGUGCAGGGGGUGUGGGCGCUGGCGGCAACGGGCGACACGCAGCACCCGCUGUUCGCGGCGCUCGUGCGGCGCGGGCGCCGCGUGCCGCCGCGCUGGAAGUUCGAGAACGACGCCCUCGCGGACCUGGCGCAGGCCUGCGCCGUCGACAAGCUGGACGGCGGCGGCGGGGCGAUCGUGCCCGGGAAGCUGCGGCGGCUCGCGCUGUUCCUGGGGACGAAGGAGCUCCAGGACGCCGGCGGCGGGGCGGCGGAGGCGGCGAACGGCAACGGCGCGGAACGGAACGGCGCGGGUGGGAGAGCAGGGGUGUCGAGGGAGGUGGUCAGAGAGGUCGCUUCGGCGCUGGCCGACGCGGGCGUCGACGAGGUGGUGGCGUUCCCGGAGGUCAGGAAGCUGCCAGCGAUGGUGCACGUCACGGGCCGGUUGCGGAACGGCGAGAAGGUGGCGGUGGUGGUCGAGGACCCGGACAGCGAUUACACCGCGGGCGUGGUCGUGCAGCGCACAGGGCGCUGCCAGACGGCGCUGCGCAUCCUCGGGCGAUCAGGGUAUCAUGCCGUCGUAAUAGACCCCUGGGGGUGGCAGGACGAGGUCGGCGAGGCCGGGGGGGUCGGACCCGCGAUCGCGGCGCGCGUGGACGCUCUGGCGCGCGGCGCGCCCAGCAAAGUGCGCGUGCAGUCGGCAGCGCCGUGA